UUGUUGAAGAAUCAGAAACCGAUGACCCUUGGACAGCUUAUGUUAGAAGAUCUAUAGGCACAUGUAAUACAAAUCUUUCGACUCAAAUAAAAGCCUUCUUUUUAUUAUUAGUAAUAAAUGGGAAAUUCCGAAGAUUGGAAAGUUCAGCAUGCGAAUGAUUACACUAAAGUAAACUUAAGAAUAAAAAGAAAAUAUUUGUUUUUUUAUAAACUAGAAAGGAAAACAAACACAACCAAAGACAACAAUUGUGUGUGUAUAUUAGAUUUAGACAACAACUUUCUUUGUAUAUACACACAUCAACAAAACAAUUGUAGUAUUGUUUUUCAACGCAUUCCUGUCUAUAUAGUUCGGAUGGUCAAGUCAAACGUAUCUCUUCAGCGUAUUAUAACUUUGAAAGUAUGUAGCAUAUAUCUAAUUGUCAGUCCAGCAAUAGCCCAAGUUUGUGACAAUGGUUUCAUGGGGCCGCAGUGUAAAUUUAAAUGCCACGACAACUGCAAUUUAUCCUACAAAUGUGCACGAGGCUAUUUUGGACCUUAUUGUCAGUACGUCAACUUAGUCACGAUUGAUGGCGAUGUGUUGACAGAUCAUGAGCUCAGCACCUGCAGACCAUUGUCGAAAAAUUUUCCAUUCAUAAUUAGGAUGAUCCCGGGAGUGAUUUCUUUUACACAAAUUGAGUUUCAUAGCAACGCGGAAUUAUCUGGUAUAAGUUUAGAGUACCAGUCCAAAAAUGGCAGCGCAUUUAUUAAAUGUCCUGGCGAAGAGCAGCAGAAUUUUAACGAUGACAACACAGUAGACAUCUACUGCCUGACAGUUGGUAUAGUGUCUAAAAUCAAAUUAAAUGUAGAAAACGCCAGCACUCUGUGUGAAGUAUAUAUUAGCGGUGGUCGAAACAUCGCUCUGAAAGCGUGGUACAACGUGUCCAGCAGCCACGCUAAUUUGUCUAACCCUCUGGGAGUGACAGACGGGCUGCGCGGCAGUAGAGACGACGCUGACACUUUAAGUGGGUGCUACCUUUCAGAACCUAAUAACCAUACAAAGCAUUCAGUCACAAUAGUGUUUAACGUCCCGGUGAUCUUGUACAAUAUCGUCAUCUACAGAAGACCUAACUCAUCAUUACUGAACUUUGAACUAGUGACCCAUGGACCAACUGGAACUGGUAUUGCCAUGCGUUAUAAAGAUAACCGAACAGAAUUGCCGGACAUUAUCUACCUGCCCCAUGCCAACUUCGAUCGUCUGAUCAAAAUGUUGACACUAGAUGUUCCCAACGUGAGAGAAAGUCCUUUCGGCAUUUGUGAGCUCGAAGCCUUAGGAGAUUGUGAGCCUCUGAGAUACGGCCUCGCUUGUUUGACAUACUGUUCGCCAACAUGUAAAGAUUCACUUUGCAAUUUGGCGGGACGCUGUCUAUCCUGUCCCGUGGGCAAAUACGGCUCUAGCUCAUGCAGCCCAUCGUGUUCUCGCAACUGUUUGAAUGGAAGCUAUUGUUAUCGCAACGGAAGCUGCAUUAACGGAUGUAACCGACCUUAUUAUGAUGAAAAAUGUACCUUGAAGUGUAACAACAAAGGAUGUGAUCAACGCUAUGGUUGUCAUGUCAACGGUACUUGUAAAAGUUGUGGCACCGGCUUUACAGGCUCAAACUGCAUUGAAAAAUGCUCUGACCAUUGUGGAGGUAAUUCAUCCUGUGACAGAUUCAAAGGGUUCUGUAAGGAUGGUUGCAAGGAUGGAUUCUAUGGUUCUCAAUGUGACGAACAGUGUAACGACCGGUGCGGUGGAACACUUCGAUGUGAUUUUGUAAGUGGCGUUUGCCUUGAUGGGUGCAAAGAAGGGUACUACGGGGAGAACUGUUUGAAUGUCUGUUCAAGCCGCUGUGGAGGUAUCAAAGCCUGCAAUUAUAGCACAGGAGAUUGUAUCUACGGCUGUAUUAAAGGUUUUUACGGAGACAAAUGUCAUCUAAAAUGCCAUUUAAAUUGCAAAGACGGCUGCGAUGUAAACACAGCAGAAUGCAACCAUGGUUGUCUUUCUGGACUGACAGGCCGAAACUGCACCAAAAGAUGUUCAGAAAAAUGUGGCGGAGUAGCCGAAUGCGAUCAGAGCACAGAAAUCUGCGUGGUCUGCAAGGCAGGAUAUUACGGCCCUGAUUGUUUGACAAAAUGUUUAAACUGUGACAAGGACCAGUCAUGUGACCGGGUGACUGGACUUUGCACCUAUGGCUGCAGACAGCUUUUCUACGGUGAAAACUGCUCGCAAGAAUGCGAUUCAUCAUGCGAAGCCUGCAGGAAGGACACUGGAGAUUGCACAGUUUGUCAGCCUGGUUACUAUAGUACCUGCAAGAAAAAAUGUCUAGAUGUUUGCCCUAAUUCAAAGAGAUGUGACAAGCUGUUUGGCUACUGUCGGUUAACUUGCGGGUCCAAAAAAUUCGGAACAAACUGCACUCAAGUUUGUCCCUCCAAAUGUGGUUUCGAUGGGGAUUGUCACAGAGAAACAGGGGAGUGUCUAGAAGGAUGUCAGAAAGGAUAUUUCUCAAGAGACUGCAGUGCAAAAUGUGAUGACACCUGUGUCAAUGCCUCGUGCGAGAUACUCACCGGCAAGUGUUUGUUUUGUCCCAGUGGCUGGGGAGGAGAAAGGUGUUCAAGAAGGUGUGUAGACUGUAUUGAUGACGUCUGUGAUCAGAAUAAUCUGACAUGCCUGAAGGGCUGUGUAGGUGGACCCUGUUUUAAUGAGCGGAAGUCGUUUUCCCUCAUGGUUCUUCUCACCACUUUACUGGUCGCUCUUUUUCUCUACGUAUUCGUUGCGCUAUUUCGUAUAAAAGAGAGAAAGGAUGAUGAUGAUGACGACGACGACGACGACGAUGAUGAUGAUGACGACGACGAGGAUGAGGAUGAGGAAGAGGAUAAGGAUGUCAACUUUUUCUUUUUUUAAACCACCAGCAGGCCGUGCAUCAUGGUCGACCGCUGUCCGGACUGAGGAACAUGAUUGUGCAGACCAUCUGGUGAUAAUGAAAUGCGCCCAUGGGACGAUGUAUCUGAGAGCCUCACGCAAGGAUUGCAUAAAAAAAAAAAGAA